AUGCUGGACGAAGGCUGGGAGUCCAUUGUCACUGAGCUGGCUAAUGUCCCAGACCUGGAGCUGGAGAAACACUUUGAGGAGCUGGUGGCACGCUACCAGGUGGACAUGUCCUCCAAGUGCACGGUACUCGUUGGAAUGGACACUCGAAAGAGUAGCCCCCUGCUUUGUGAGGCCCUCAUGACGGGGAUCAGCGCUGCCGGUGGCUCGGCAACCAACUUCGGGCUGCUUACCACUCCGCAGCUGCACUACAUUGUUCGCUGUGUCAACACCGACGGGCUGUAUGGGGUGGCCAGUGAAGAGGGUUACUACAACAAACUUGCCAGUGCCUACCUCCGGCUGACUGAGCUAACCGGACAGAGUGCCAACUACCAGCCUCAUGUGGUCGUCGACGCAGCGAACGGCGUCGGGGCGCUGCAGCUCGCCAAGCUGGCUCCACUGCUCAAGGCCAAGCUGACCUUCGACAUUGUCCACGAUGCGAAUGGCGUCUUGAACUACCAGUGCGGAGCUGACUUUGUGAAGGUGAAUCAACGCGAGCCCCAGUCGGUGCAGCCACUGAAGCCCGGUCAGCGGUACGCCUCCUUUGACGGUGACGCCGACCGCAUCAUCUACUACUACCAGAACAGCAAGGAUGGCAAGUUUCGCAUGUUGGACGGCGACAAGAUUGCCGUCCUCAUUGCCAAGUACCUCAAGGAAACGCUGACCAAGGCGCAGCUGGCCGAUGUGAAGGUGUCCAUUGUGCAGACUGCCUACGCCAAUGGCAGCUCCACUAUAUACAUGCGAGACGUACUACAGAUGGACACCUUCUGUGUGCCAACUGGUGUGAAGCACCUGCAUCGCAAAGCGGAACACUGCCAAAUUGGCGUGUACUUUGAGGCGAACGGUCAUGGUACGAUUCUCUUCUCAAAUGAGGUUAAUGAGCGCAUCAAGCAAUCAUCGUCCAAUGUCUAUGCGCAGCAGUUGAUGCAUUUCAUUGACUUAGUCAACGAGACUGUCGGUGAUGCCAUUUCCGAUAUGCUUAUCGUGGAGAGCAUUCUAAACUCGCUGGCGCUGACCAUUGAAGAGUGGGACGAACUCUACACUGAUUUGCCGAAUCGACUUUUGAAACAGGAAGUCAAGGAUCGCAAUGCCAUCACGACCACCGAUGCUGAGCGCAAAUGUGUCACCCCGGCCGGUUUACAGGCAGCCAUUGACCAGGUGGUGGCCACUUUUGGCACAAAAGCUCGCUCUUUUGUGCGACCUUCAGGCACUGAAGAUGUGGUUCGCAUUUACGCCGAAGCUGACACUCAGGAUGCUGCUGAUUUGCUUGCCAAAAAGGUGGCCAACUUGGUAUUUGACUUGGCCAGCGGAGUCGGUCAGAAGUAUCAACUUUGA